AUGGCAGCCAGAUCAGCAGCAUCAGCGGUCUUCCGCACCGCCUUCCGCCCUCGCCACAACCCUCUGCUUUCGUCACGAUUUGCUUCCCUGCAGACACGCCUGCUGUCGCAAGAGACCAGACAAGCCAUUGACAAGGCUGUCGAGUCGGCCCCCGUUGUUCUGUUCAUGAAGGGAACNCCCGAGAUGCCCCAGUGCGGUUUCUCAAGAGCAAGCAUCCAGAUCCUCGGCCUGCAGGGCGUCAACCCGGCCAAGUUCACUGCCUUCAACGUUCUUGAGGAUGAGGAGCUCAGNAGCAGGUCGGUCCUUGAUUAUCACAUAUACCAUAGGCAAAGUGCUGAUGCGCAGGAUACAGGAAUCAAGGAGUACUCCGAGUGGCCUACCAUUCCUCAGCUCUACGUCGACAAGGAGUUUGUUGGUGGAACUGACAUUCUCAUGUCGAUGCACCAAGACGGCUCGUUGGCCAAGCUGCUCGAGGAGAAGGACGUUUUGGUCCCAGCAGAGUAG